UUAUGCCACACUAUCCAGAAGAUAUUGAAUAUUCUGAUAAAUAUUAGGAUGAUUACUAUGAAUACAGACAUGUUAUUCUCCCUAAACAUAUUUUCAAAAAGAUAACAAAAGGUAAAAUAAAAAGAUUCAUAAGUCUAGGAAAACUCUUAAGUGAAAUGGAAUGGAGAAAUCUAGGUGUUUAACAAUCUAGAGGUUGGGUUCAUUAUGAAUGUCAUAGACCUGAACCACAUAUUUUACUUUUCAGAAGACCUAAAGGAACAGAUCCUAAUAGUGGAUUACCUCCUUAAGGCUUCUAAGCUCCUUAUUGAUUU